AUGCACGGAAUGUCAGGAAUGUCCGGAAUGUCUUCGGGCAACAGCACCUGUGUCACAGAGAUGCUGUGGAACUGGCGCGUAGUAGACGCAUGCUUCCUCUCCGAAUCAUGGCACGUGACCAACAACGCCAUGAUGGCCGCAAGCUGCAUUGGCGCCGCUCUCCUAGUCGUUACUCUUGAAUUCCUGCGACGAGUCAGCACCGAAUACGAUGCCUUCCUACUCCGCCAAUUCCAACGACAACUUAACGCACAGCAAGCUGCGCUCGCCGCUGCCACGCCCGCCAACUGCUGCGAUGGCCCUACCUCGACUCUCGGAACACAACACGCCACCUUCCGUGCCUCGGCACUACAACAACUUGUUCGCGCCUCGUUGCAUGGCUUGAUUCUCGGUCUCGCGUACAUCAUCAUGUUGUUGGUUAUGCACUUCAACGGAUACAUCUUCAUCUCGAUCAUACUAGGAGCUGUUUUGGGCAAGUUUUUGUGCGACUGGAUGGUGGUUAGGAUACCAUACGGCCAGGUUAGCGAGAAAGAUGACAGACGCUCUUCAAUCAAGGCGGCAGGGCCGACCGGUUGUUGUGCGUAG